ACUUCCUUUACAGAGGGAGAAACUUACAGAGAGUUUGAGCCAUUUUCUCCAGGGCAGCCAGCUAUUGAGUAGCAGAGCUGAGAGCUCAACCCAGCAACUUAUUGAAGAGCCCCGGAUCCUGCCUCUGACGGGGUCUUUGUUUCUCUCGGGAAGCAAACUCCCUCAGAACCCACAGGAGGCCUGCAGAGCUGGACCAUGGCAUGGUGGUGGCCGCUCCUGCUAGAGCUGUGGACAGUCAUGCCCACCUGGCCUGGGGACGAGCUGCUCAACAUCUGCAUGGAUGACAAACACCACAAGGGAAAGCCCGGCCCAGAAGACAAGCUCUACGAUGAGUGCAUCCCCUGGAAGGACAAUGCCUGCUGCACAUUCGGGACAAGCUGGAAAGCCCACCUAGAUGUGUCUCCACUCUACAACUUCAGCCUGUUUCACUGUGGACUGCUGAUGCCUGGCUGUCGGAAGCACUUCAUCCAGGCCAUCUGCUUCUAUGAGUGCUCCCCAAACCUGGGGCCCUGGAUCCAGCCAGUGGGAAGCCUGGAGUGGGAGGCGGCCCCAAGUGGGCAGGGAGAGCGAGUUGUGAAUGCACCGCUGUGCCAGGAGGACUGUGAGGAGUGGUGGGAAGACUGUCGCACGUCUUACACCUGCAAAUCCAACUGGCAUGGCAGCUGGGACUGGAGUCAGGGGAAGAACCGCUGCCCUAAAGGGGCCCAGUGCCUCCCUUUCUCCCAUUACUUCCCUACCCCAGCUGACCUGUGUGAGAAGACUUGGAGCAAUUCCUUCAAGGCCAGCCCUGAGCGACGGAACAGUGGGCGGUGUCUCCAGAAGUGGUUUGAGCCUGCUCAGGGCAACCCCAACGUGGCCGUGGCCCGCCUCUUUGCCAGCCCUGCCCCAUCCUGGGAACUGUCCUAUGCCCUCGUUGUCUGCUCUCUGUUGCUGCCAUUCCUUUCCUGAGAGCCCUUCUUCUCCCACUCACACUCCUGCACAUCCACCAACUAUUGGUCAGGCCAGGCCAUGGCCACCUGUUUCCUCAGGCCUUCCCCUAAAUGCAGUGGCACAGGCUAGGGUCUGCAGUCCUACCCAGUCCCCAGCCCAUGCCACUGCUCCUAGGGAAGGGCCUGAGGAAGGAAGUGACCACUGAGGCUUCAGCGGCUGGUGCCUGAGCCCUGCACAUUUGGUCUGAGGCCCCUUCCACUGCUCUGCUCUGCCUUAGCUGGCCUGGGAGGCAGUUGGGGGCAGGGAGUGCCAAGGUGACUGGCCCCCACCUGCCUUAAGAAACGGGAACUUUCAAGGGGCUCAAGCAUCUUCCCAUCCAGUGCACGCCCACCCCUUUCUGUGACAGCUGAUAGUGGCAGCCCUGGCCUCCUCUCCUCCAAUGGUGUCUCCAAUAAAUCAGCAGUUGACCUCUCCUCUACUUGACUUCCUGUUUUAGCUUUAUGGGCAGGGACCCAACAUGCACACAGUGGGAGUCAGUUUGCUUGCUGUACCGAAGUCUCAAAGUUAGGUUGUUACUUGCCUAACAAUUAUUAACUUCUUAAUAUCUGCUGCACAUCCUCACAACACUUCUCUGAUGGGAGUACUUUCAAUGCCCCCUUUUUUCAAUAAGUGACACACCUUACAAAGACAUCCCUAGAGCCAGGGUGAGGGAUGGGGCCACCCGGCACAUCAGUUCUAAUUUGGCUACCAAAAUUGAAGUGGCUACAUUGACUGCUUCCAGGGUUCCCUCUUUCCUUUUAACCCAUUCAUUUUACCCCCAGAAUCACAGCACACUGGUCUAAAAUUUUGGAAAUCUGAGUUCUAA